GGAACAAAAAAUUAUGCUUUGAUUAUAAUUAUCUUAUUUACGUUGAUUUGAACCAAGUAGACAAUUAUAGUUUCUUAUUCGAGGCAAGAGUGUAAGACGUUAAAAAUAUGCGAGUUUAAAGAGUAACUUGGUAUUGUUGUGUUACGCUGUUAGGCUUAGGUAUAUAGGUGGACAAAAUGAUGGAGGCAAGGGAGGGUGGUCCUGUUCAGACUUUUCCUAGCCAUAGUCCAAUUAUCGGUUUAUCCCCAGUUGCUCCAGGAUUAGACACAUUAUAUGCAGUAUGUCGUAGAUUAUAUCCUGAUCAGCCUAAUCCUCUCCAAGUUACAGCAGUUGUCAAGUACUGGUUAGGUGGUCCUGAUCCUUUAGACUAUGUCAGUAUGUAUAGUAACCCUGGUGAUGAAGAGAAAGGUGUUCCUCCACAUUGGCAUUACAUCAGCUUUGGACUCUCAGAUUUGCAUGGAGAUGGGCGGGUUCAUGAAAUGUCAGGCAGUGACACUCCAAGUGGAUUUGGAUUUGAAUUGACUUUUCGUUUAAAGAGAGAAGCAGAAGAGACUGCUCCUCCCACAUGGCCUGCAGCAAUCAUGCAAGCAUUAGCAAAAUAUGUUUUUCAAUCAGAGAAUAUUCUAUGUGCUGGAGACCAUGUAUCAUGGCACUGUCCACUAGAUAACAGUGAGUCCCGAAUUCAACACAUGCUAAUGACAGAAGACCCUCAACUGGGGAUGGUGAUGUCUCCAUUUGGACCAGUAAAUUUUGUACAGAUUGUAGGUGUAUGUGGAGAAGAAUUAAUGGCAGCUCAGAGAUGGAAUGGUCCAGGUGUGAUUGAUUUAAUGAAAAACAUUGAAGGAGCUGGUAGUCCUUGGUUAGUUACAGACAUGAGGAGAGGGGAGAGUAUGUUUGAUCUGGAUCUUAAUGUCCAGGAAGCUGUUGACAAAGGGAUUGAAGUGGAUGGCUCUAACUUAAGUGGUGUUAGUGCACGAUGUUCCUGGUCUGAGAACCAACCAUCUUCAAGAAUAAGGUCUCAUAGCUCAGAGGGCCAGCAUGAUAAGGACAGUGAGACUUUCAUUCCACAAAUCUCAGAGCUUGAAUCGGAACAAAUAAAGAGUACAUUGAAGAAAGGUCUUUUGAACACCAAACCUGUCCUCCCACCUAUUAAAUCAAGUCACAGUUCCAGAAACGAUAACAACAUCAGGAAAGAAUGUUAUGAUAGCAGUGCCAGCAGUUAUCCAGGAAUGCUAGAAUCUGGUGAACUUCUUAAAACUAGAACUUUAGAGUCAGUACACCUCCAGUUCAAUUUGGAGGCUGGAACUGUACUUCCUUUAGCCUUAAGAGGCAGGCUGCGACAUGGUCGGCAUUUCACAUUUAAAAGUGUUGUGGGAGACAUUGCUAUUACCUUUGUAGCUCCAAGUGUUGUGGGAGCUUUUGCUGAUGCUGAACAUCCAUAUGCUGCUCAUGGGCCAUGGCUACAAGUUUUACUAGAUGAAGAAUUUGUAGAAGAGAUGAUUUUGGACCUAGAUGAACUAACAAAUGUUGAAGGGUUAUCAUUACCCAAGACCUAUUCCUGGCCAGACAAAAACUUGUCCAUCACCUUGCUUCCUGAAGAAUACUAAACAUCGGGGGAUUACUAAUGAGCUUUAGUUCUGACUAAACAACACACCACAAAUCUUGGUUAGAGACAAGUUUAGGUGUUAUUAUAAAACACUUGAUGCAGUUCAUAAACUGUUAUCAGUCAAUAUAAGACAUUGCCACUUUCCUCCAGUUAUCAAACAUAUGAACAGAUGUCUUUUUUAACUUCCAAAGGUUCUGUUUGAUUUUAAAUAUGUAAAGAUGGCAUGACACAAAGGAAAUCCUAACAAGUUUGUGUACUAUAUUGUAUUCUGGAAGGUUAAAAAAUUCAUUUAAUAAAAUUUUUUGUGUUUCUCACAAUAAUACAAAUGAUAAGGACUGAUAAAGAAAUUAAUUUAUAUAUUAUAUCUGCUUGACAUAAGUGUUUUACAAAAUUAUGUUUAAAGUUGCCAAUAAAUGUUUGAUUUUUAUUUAUUCCACAGAAAAGCUUUUAGUAAUCUGAAUGGUUGAGUUACAUUAAAAGUAGAUAGGUAUCUCUCAAUUUUAGAGUUAGUAACAAGGUUUAGCUAGUAGCCCUUAACAUUAACUAAGAAGUAUGUCAGAUAAGAUCAUUGUAUUUAAAAAUUGCAAAGUAUUUUAAGAAAAUAAAUUUUUCGUUUUUUUUAACCCUGUGAAAAAUGAUAACACUGACAAUAACUAAACAACUUAGUACACUCCUUUUUUAAUUGUUAUAUUAUUGAAAGUUGAAACUUAGUAAUUGAUGACUUUAAAAAUGUUCAAGCUUGAUGUCCAUUUUUUAUUAUUUUAAUAUUUUAUGAAAGCGUAAACAUUAGAGCCUCAUUAGUAAAUCAUUAUUGUUCUAUACAUUUCACUUAUGCCUCUCAUAUUGAAUAUUUUAUCCAUUGAUUGUUGGAUAUAUCUUGUGACAUUAAUUUAGUAUAUUCAUAGUUUUUUAUAAUUUAUGAUACAGACACACAGGUCAGGAAUACUGAACUUAAUUGUUGCUAAAUAACAUGACAGUUGAUUUUUAAUCAGUUUUAUGUAUACACAGAUUUUUUUGAACACUUCCCUUACAAAAGAUUCUUGUACAUAUGUUGAACAGAAAGUUAAAUUCAACUAUAAAUAUUUUACUACUAGGCAUCUUUCUCAAGCAAAUAAAAAUUUGUAACAAUACAUUUUGUAUAGGCAGAGACUUAAGUUUGACAUGGUUAAAUCUUCUUCUCCAAUUAGACAUAUUUUUUAAUUUUAGUUACAAUUCCUAAAAUGAAAUCUGAUAGUCACAGGUUUAAGUUUGACCUAUUUAAUUUCUUUCUUAGUCAAUAUUUCAUUAGAACCAAUCCUAUCUUCAGAAAAGUACAUUUGAUGAUUGAGCAUUAAUGUAUAAAUGUCAGUUAGUAAAUACUAGCUAAAUCAAUCAUUUAAAAAUUUCAAAGGAUUGAGGAAUGUUAUAAAAAAUAUUGUUAUUAUUUUUUAAAAUCAGUUACUUGUUCAUAGGUGUAUGUAUGCUUUAAUAAACAUGUUUCAUUACUGUGUGUUCUACUUACUAGUUUAUUUUGAAUGGCUUUGAUCACUUGUUUGUUUAUAAGCCAUCAAAUUUGAUGUUGUAGUCCUAAGAUUUGGUGUUCUUGCAUGAGUGCAUAGUCUAGGACUAGCCUUUCUGUGAAUAGGAGUGACUUAGAAUUCAAGUUGUUUUUAACUUAGAACCUUUGAUCAGAUGAAGUUGCUGAAAGAUCUUGAGUUAUUGCAGUUUCUGACUUUAAACAUAAAUCAUAUGAUAUGAAUGCAGGUACUAAUAUCACUCAAAUCUAACUACUUUCAAUAGGAAGUAUUUGCAUUGAGUACCUUAAAUAGAAAAUUUUCAGCUAAUGUAAGUGUUAUUGUUUUUUGUUGUUGAAUAUGAAGGACACGUUUUGCAAUUAGUAGUCUCACUUAACUUUAAAAUUAGUCUCUGGUAUGUCUGUAAAGGUUUUUUUGCACAAUACUGAUAAAACAUUCUUCUGAAACUAUAAAUCCUAGUUUUUUCCUUUCAGGGACUCAACCUGAAAGUAUUGUUCAGAAGCAUGUUUUUGAAGACAAAGUAGUCAUCACAUGGAAAUAUCAUCAUAAACUUCAAAUGUUAAAAUUAGCAUGAUGAUAAGACUGCUUUGAUAUAAUACCAAUUUAUCGGUAUAUGUUUACCUAGAAUUAGUUUGAUUUGCAGGUCUGUUCAUUGGUGUUUUUUAAUAUUUUAAGAUAUUGCAUGUGGGAAAAUUGUAUUCAAAUGUAUAAAGUAUAAAAACACUUGGAUAAGUGGCACACUGUAAAUAAAGCCUAUUUAUUAACAGAUCAAAAA